AUGAAUGCUGAUACUUGUGUUUCUUAUUGUGAUCCGGCUGCCAUGGAUUCCUACUACAACGCAGCCUCCCAGGGCACAGAAGGCUCCUCGCCUUUUAGGGCAUUUCAAGCAAGUGACAAGUUCAGCCCUGCUUUCCUGGCCAGCAAAGGACAAGGCUUUGGUGACAGCAGCACUAAGUGCCGGAGCCGCUACAGCCAGCCGGAAUGUCAGUCCCUGGAUGGCAGCGGGCAGGCUCCGGCCGCCUUUAACAAAUACCCAGCGCAGCAGCAACAGCAGCAACAGCAGCAACAGCAACAACAGCAACAGCAGCUCUACAUGCAGCGAGGUCCCUGCAAAACCCCCCCGGAGAGCAACCUCAAGCUGCAAGACAGCAGCGGCCACAACGGAGCUCUGCAGGUCUCUUGUUACGGUAAGGAGAGCAGCCUGGGCGAGGCCGAGCUGCAGGGCAGCGCCGAGGCGCCGGGCAUGGACGGCAGCUACCUGAGCGUGAAGGAGGCCGGGGGGAAGGUGCCCCAGGACAGGGCCAGCGCCGAGCUGCCCAGCCCCAUGGACAAGGCCGACUCGGAGAGCAACAAGGGCAAGAAGCGCAGGAACAGAACCACCUUCACCAGCUACCAGCUGGAGGAGCUGGAGAAGGUCUUCCAGAAGACUCACUACCCAGAUGUCUACGCCAGGGAGCAGCUGGCCAUGAGGACAGACCUCACCGAGGCUCGCGUGCAGGUGUGGUUCCAGAACCGCCGAGCCAAGUGGCGGAAGCGGGAGCGCUUCGGGCAGAUGCAGCAGGUCCGGACCCACUUCUCCACCGCCUACGAGCUCCCCCUGCUCACCCGUGCGGAGAACUACGCCCAGAUCCAGAACCCUUCCUGGAUCGGCAACAACGGAGCCGCCUCCCCCGUGCCCGCCUGCGUGGUGCCCUGCGAGCCGGUGCCCUCCUGCAUGUCGCCCCACGGCCACCCCCACGGCGGCGGCGGCGGCGUCUCGGACGCCUUCCUGGGCGGCCCCGGCGGCCCGGUGGGACAGACGCACAUGGGUGGCCUGUUCGGCACGGCCGGCAUCGGCCCCGGGCUCAACGGCUACGAGCUGAGCGGCGAGCCCGACCGCAAGAGCUCCAGCAUCGCCGCCCUGAGGAUGAAGGCGAAGGAGCACAGCGCAGCCAUCUCCUGGGCCACAUGA